AUCCUGCCUGCAUUACACCACAUGUGCUCACCCUGCAGCCUACUUCCCUGUCACUGGCCGCCCAGCCAAUCAGAGAGCAGAAUGGGCUGCUGGGGUUCCCGGCUGGCGGCGAUUGGGUAACUCGAGACUCGCAAUGUCAGGGCCGGUAAGAGCUGCCAGACCUGGGGUCGGUGUGGGGGUUAUAGUCACCAGCCCGUCCCAUCCAGGCUGUGUCUUACUCGGUAGGAGGAAAGCAUCGGUCGGAGCCGGAAUGUACCAGCUUCCCGGGGGACACCUGGAAUUCGGGUAUGUGUGCGCUUACAGUAAAUACCGCGAUCUGCCGCUAAACGACCCGUAGAGGCGUGAUGACGUGUGACGUAAUGUAAGGCACGCAGCGAUAUCGGGGGCCAUUUGUCCGCAGCCGCUGCCAUUUUCCUGGAGACCAACACUAUGGCUCCUCUAUGGGAAAUGAUUUACCUCUUGGCUGAGUGCUGCCAUCACUAUCCAUUGCUGGGGGAUAAAGAAAUGCUAAAUGUAGAAGCACAUAGCAAGUGUGAUUAUAAAUUACCCUCAAUGAAUAGAAAUGCAGCACUGCACGGUGUUUCUAAUACAAAAGUUAUUCUAGGAAUCCUUCCUAUGUUAGUGUCAGAGACCCUCAUAGGUAAUGGACACUACAGGCUUUAAAAUACAUGUAUUCUGAAAUCUAUCAGAUACUUUGUGUUUUAUUCUAAAUUACAGUUUAGUUACAAAAAUUGCAUGCCCCCGCAACAACACCUGCAUUCACGUGAAAACUCAAUUCUUCAGACAAGCAUAUCAAUUCAGCUUUCCCUCCCUGCACAGUGAUACCUCUCCUGCAAGAGCAGGGACCUCAACCCCUCUGUUCCUGUGUGUCCAUUUGUCUGGUUACAAUCACGUGUCUGUUAGUCCACCCAUUGUACACCGCUACAGAAUUUGUUGGCGGUUUAUAAAUAAUAAAAUUAUAAAAAUGUGUUCAUGUCUGCCUGAAGAAUAGGCAGGUCACCCUGGCAUGAAUGGCCAGCCUACCAAGGGCAGACCAUGCGUGGAGGACUGUGUCAUCGCUCUCUGGAUGGUCUUAGUGUCCUAAGUGUAGCACAAGCAGACCUGAUUUUGUGGUCAUCUUCCGCUUUAGUUCACUGUUGUCCUGCAUCUCGUGCUAGGAAACUGACAUCAGCAAGAGUGCAGAAAUAAUGUGGACUCCAAGUGCUUGUGGGACCAGGCUGAAGGGAUUCUUCCUUUGGAAUAAUAGAGCCUACUACAGUGCCUUUGGCACUCCAGAUGUUGUUGACUACAUCUCCCCCUGAUCCUUUGCCAGCAUUAUGACUGUAAGAGCCUUAUGGGAGAUGUAAUCGACAACAUCCAGGGGGCUAAAGGUUAUCUACCCCUGGCCUACUACAUGAGAAACAUUUAGGGCAGUCAUAUACAACCUUCAGCAUUAUGGGAGCUGUAGUACACAACAUCUGGAGUGCCGGCGGUUGCCUACCCCUGAUUUAGGGCAUGUGCUGUUAAAAUUGUUUUUUUUGUCCCACUGAUUAAUAAGCCGUACUAGCUGGGACACCCAACCACGUACCCUCUAGUCAUGUGACACAUAUAACCGAAUAAUUAUAUCUAGCCAGCUGACUAUUACAAUAGUUCACAAGUUUUCUGUAAUCUCAAUAAUUCUCCAUUAUAUUUUGAGAGCUAGGUAUGUUUAGCUUGCAUUGUGCCUUUAAUUUCACUGUUAACUUGCUCUGCACGCGUGCUUUUUACAAUAUUAAACGUAAGUGUGUUCCUGACAAUAAAACAUUUGAAUUAACAAGUACAUUUUCUUUUGUCUCUGCAGUGAAAGCUGGGAGGAAUGUGCAGAACGGGAGACAUUGGAGGAAGCAGGUCUUCACAUCAGACACAUCCAUUUUGCAUCGGUAGUAAAUGGUGUCAGUCUGAAGCAUGAUUACCAUUAUAUUACAAUUAUAAUGAAAGGUGAAGUAGAUAUGAGCUUCCCAUCAGAACCAACAAACCUAGAGCCUGAGAAGAAUGAAGGUAGUUUCACGUGAUUAUAUGUAAACUGCAUUUACUUAUUCUGGUUAUGAUCGUAUGUGGUUCUAUUUACUAAACAGGAAAAUUUGUCAAAUUGACAAGGAUACGGCAAAAUCUAGCACAAAAUAACUGAACUGGAAGAGUAUUUAAGUUGGAGAUUUUUUUUUCAAACUUGGCUUUUGGCCUAAAUUUGCAACAAAUUCCUUGUCUAGUAAAUAACUGUGAAUGUAUGUUGUGUCUAUGGUGUCUAUGGUCUAGCCUCCUCUCAGUAUAUUUCAUUACAUAUCAAAGGUGUUAGUAGUGGUUCAGUAGUAUUACAUUUCUAUAAUUUAUACAUUUUUUUAGAAGGCACCUAAGAAAGCAAAUGUAUUCAUCAAACACCAUGUUGUAAUAAACUAAAAAAAACAAAUAUAAAAAUGUGAACUGAAGUUGCCAAGUAGUGACCAUAGCUUAGUUGGACAAUUUUGUUUAUUUGUUUUUCAAAUCAGCACUUUUUUAGUCUAAUCUGAAUAUAUCAGAACAGCUGAAAUUAAAUAUUCUCUUCAAUUUAGCUACUUUAACCCAUACUGUAAAUGCCCUGGUCAAUUCCUGGCCGUUUCUAGGUUAGUGAAUAACCAGACAGCGUGUUUUAUUCACAUAAAUGAGCAAUUUGCAGAGGGGAAUCUAGGUUUUGGGCCAAUAUAACUAAGCAGUUCCAUCAAGCUUUUAAGUGAGAUAUUGAUGUAAAAUUCUGAAAUCUAGUACUCUGGUAUAUGACAUUUUUAACAUGCACAAAUAAAGUAGUGGAACUCCAAGUGAUUCUAUUUGAACUAUAUAUUGCAUUUGCAAAUAUAAAUUAAAUUUUAUUUAGACUGUGGGUUCGUCAUGCCAUCAGCUGCAAACGUGACCACCUUUGCUGAUGACAGGUCCACAUAAUAAUAAGUGAAAAUUAAGAGAUUUGCUUAUCACACUAGUUCAUCAGAAACAAUUCAGUCAGAAUUCUUCUUUCUUUUCGCUCACAGUAUCUUGUAACAGUGCAUACUAAACAUGAAAGCUGGGUAUUUACCAUUAGCAAGCACUCAUCAAAAAUGACAGAAUUUCCUCCCCAAGGAGUGAUUUAUUUAAAGGAAUAUUAUAGUCACCAGCAUAAUGUAGUUGUUCAAGUGUGUGUAGUAUGUCCCUGUAGGCAUUUUAAUGCAAACAUGGCUUUUUCAGAGAAAAGGUAGUGCUCACAUUACUGCCUAGGAACAACUCUAGUGGCCAUCACUCAGACGGCCACUAAAGGUGCUUCCUCGGUCAGUUAUGCACAAUGUGCAGUACUGAUAUUCAGAAACUCCACAAUCUGCAUGGAGAUGCUGAACGUUCCCCAUAGAGAUGCAUUGAUUCAAAGCAACUUUAUGAAGAGAUGCUGAUUGGUGCAACACAGCGUUUUGCUGUGCAGGCACAUUAGCCUCCCAAUGUUUUUGAUGAUCAAAAUUGAUGAUCUCAGCCAGGGAGGCGGAGUGUGGACACCUAAAAUGUGUUUUCACACCUAUAGUGCUAGGAACACACAUUUGUAUUACUGACAUUAUAGUGUUCCUUUAAACAAAAUUGUUCAUUAUUAUUAAUGCGCUAUAUUAUUUAUGUAGGUCCAACAUAUUCUGAAACGCUUCACAAUUUUUAAUGUGGAGAUAUAACGGAAAACAACCAAGACACAAACUAUGACCAGUGUUACAAGAAGUAAGAGGUUACUGAGGAAGCCUGCUCGGAUGAGUUUACAAUCUGGAGUUUAAUUUGGAAAUUAAAAGUACACAAACUAAAUGAUAACUGUGUAUAUUUACAAUUUCACUAAUAUGUUUUGUGUGUUUUUGUUUUUUAGGAUGGAACUGGGUUAAAUGGGAAGAAUUUCCUCCAAAUGACCAACUUUUCUGGGCUUUAUGUUCUUUGAAGCAGCAAGGGUACAAUCCUUUUAGUGAUGAUUUUAAUCAUCUCAGGCCACGUACAGAAAAUCAUCUAUAACAUCCUUGUUUAUUAUCUCCGUGGGAUACAUUUUCAUAAAAUACAUAUAAAAUAUAGAGGCCUAUGUUAUAGAGAUUAAUCAAUGCCAUCUCUGGAAGUACAGUGCUGAGAUUUGUCAUUUUAGUAGGCAUAUGUCAAUUUCUUUGUAUUUGUCUUAACUCCUUUCCAAUUCCUACUUUUCCCCUGUAAAGCGCUCCUCAGAAUUACAGCUUUCUGUUUUGAGCCGGUCACAACAAACAUACAACGGUUAUAAAAAGCAAUAAAUGUUUUAAUGUAUGGUAGUGAUGGAUUUGGGAGCUGUUAUAGCUGUACUUACAUGCUGCUUUGCUCCAGCACCGCCAUUCUCUUAGAAUACUUGGGUGUUACAGUACUGCAGCCCUCUUUGCUGUCAACCUAUCCCCUCUGGAAUAACUGAUGCUUGGGGACACUUCCUAAGGCAGGGCGGUCCUCCCUGUUGUUGCCAACAUUCUGGCUUCACUGCAUCAUAUACUCACCAUAAAACAUGAGAAACACUUUUUUUUGGGGGGGGGGGAGGGAAGGAGCACAGAGGAACCCUAUGUAGGAAGGUUCUCCUCCACCAUCCUGUCACUCAAUCCUCAUCUUAGACCUGGAUGACACCAGUUUAUUUUUUUUACUUAAAAUCUAUAAAUUUGCACAAUGCAUAAGUGGAAUGUAAUGCUUAUUAAUUUGAACCUAUGUAGUGUUCAUCAUAGCAGGUAUACCUUAACAAGAUAUUGCAAGGUUCUGCAAUCCUAUUAUUUAGUUUUUAUUAUUUAAUGAGAGUAUAUAUAUAUAUGCAACCAUAUAUUUAGAUGUAUAUGCAUAUUUGUGGGUAUACAGCUUUUAACAGUCCUGUUUUCAUCCUGUAUCGCUAACUAUUAAGAAUUAAACUCUAUUGCAAAUUGUAUAGAAUGUGAUCUCUUCCAACAAGGACCCCAUUGUAAGUAGUCAAACUGGUUUAGAACAAUUUCACUAAUUACCUGAGAUCUCCUAGGUGCCACUCCUCACCACCAAUACUUCACCCAGAAGCACUUUAUCUGAGCUAAGCCCAGCACAGUAUUGUACAGCCAACACUGUUGGAGAUUAGUGUCAGUUCAGCUCCCACCACCCACAGCCAGCUCCCUGCCUAGUCACAUUGCUCUAUUUAUAGUUCCGAUCCCCAAUUGUAAAGUUGAUCAUAAUAAUCUGAAUUAUGACUGGCAUUUGAGUUCAUAAACAAUAAAAUACAUAGUAUUGAUCUCAAAGUGAGAUGCUCUUCAUAAUUCAGCUCUCACAUCUGGUGAUUAAUCUAUGCUUCUAAUGAAACUAAUGUAUAAAUAAAAUCAAUUUAAUACUGGCAGUUGUGAACAUAUUUAAUUAAAUUAAUAAAAGUAAAUAUAUGUAUAAGAGAUUCACAUAUACUUUAUAUGAAAUUUGUGAUAUUAUUAUUUAAAGAACUGAUAGCUCAACAAAAAAUUUUUUGUCAAAAAUAAUGAUUAAUAUUUACUGCUUCAUGUCUCCUUUAUGCUUAACCUUAGUCACGUAUUAGACCUUUCUGAACUAAACUAAAACCUACUAAUGUUGGAACUGCAUACUUGAUCACAUACUAAUGUCAGGGACAAGUACAACACCCCAGUAUGCAAAGUAUAACCUCAGUAAUAAAACAUGUUACCAGGGCUUAGAAUUGCCAGACUUCACAAUAAAUAGACAGAUAUGUAGAAUAGUCAGGACUAGCCAGAGUCAAGGGAAAUCAGAUAUGCGAUAAGAAAGAGCCAGGUCAAGGGUACCAGAAUAGUCAAGUGAAAAGUCAGGUCAGGUCAAUAUCAGUAAUUCAAAAUUGUAUAAUUGCGCUAUUGGGUUAAGGUGACCCCACAACAGGGCACUGUUCAUUUGGAAUCUAGCUGUUUUAUAGGCUGGGAGGCUUAAUUGAUAUAACCCCACCCCCCGAAACAUCUUGGAGCAGUGGUUAUGCCUAAUGUCAUUACUAGUGAUGUCAUAAUGCGUGUGCACAGAAGCUGGCACCAUUGGUGCUGCGCGAGACUGCAGGGGCUGCAAUGAUGUCAGGCCGCCGGAUUGGGACUCUCUGCGACUGGCAAGGUACACUCCAAACCCAUUACAACUAGUUAGUGUUAGCUUAUACCUUCUUGCCAUGUAAAGAUGUGUAGCUUUGUUGUGCUAUAUUUUAUAUCACUAUAUGGAGAGAUUCUGUUUCUAUAUAUACUUGAUCUGCCUUGAAACGACUUUUGAUGAAAGCAAAAAACAAAUUCCUCUCUCUUUAAUGCUUAUCUGUCACAAUAAAGAGAUGUAAACAAAGCUUGAGCAUAUUAUUGAGGUCAAUAUCUGUAAAAUGCAUUAAAGUGUAUUGCUACCCAGAGUGUCCCUUUAACUUACCAUUCUUUGAUCAUCCAACUGAGCUCACUGAUUUAACCACUCAUACAUGCUCAUGUUAAGAGUUACAGUUUGCUAUCACUCACCUUUCAAUUACCCAGCAGCUUACUAUUGGACUUACAGGGUAAUUCACUAAAGGGAAAACUGUUGGGAACGCAAAGUGAAUUUUAAAUUUAAGGACAAAGUAGCAAAACUGGAAGCAUAGUGGUCUUGGCAAGUUUGUCCCAUUUGAUUAUUUUUGUCCAUAUAUUUGACAUUUAUUUUGAUUUCCCAGCAAAUCUCACCCUUGUGAAAGUCCAUUAUUGUUUCUAAUGUCUGGUGGCUCUUUUCAUACAAAACUUAUUUUACAGUUUCAAUAAAGCUACAUAUCCAUGUGAUGCCUUCCC